UUAAUAGGUUUUCCCCUUUUAAUACAAAGGAUUGGCAGUACUGGUUUUGUUUAAAUAUACAUGUGUGUAUGUUUUGUAUUUUAAAUGCAAUUGCAAAUUUUCGUUUGAUAUUUUUUUGCAAAAGUGAAAAAAUUUCACAACAAAAUGUGGGUUUUAAAAAAUAUUGCAACAGGUAAUGUCCUUAUUAUGGUCAAUGAGAAACCUAAAUAUGCUGUUGGACGAGUUGGUGCAGAUUUGGUGAUAUCCGACGACUCUUCCAUUAGUCGUACACAUGCCUUUCUACAUCUUACGAUAACACAAAAGAGUCAUAUUGAUAAUGAGGGUCAUCAAAAUACGGAGCUGUUAGAGCUUGAAGAUGCUGGCUCUAAAUAUGGUACCUUCCAUAAUACUGGUAUUGAAAAUGGUGUAGGUUUACCUAAACAAAACCGUAUUCCUCUAUCAGAAGGGGAUCGUAUACGUUUUGGUGUUUUAAAGAGCUUAUGGAUUGUUUCAAAAAUGACACCCAUUGUUACGGCAUCAGCAUUACCUAUAGAAACUGCAAAACAAUUAAAACAAUGUAUUCAAGUUCUCGGAGGCAUUAUUUUAACUGCUUGGAAGGCUACAUAUACGCAUUUAACAUUAUCAGAGAUUAAAAUGACUCCGAAACUUUUGCAUGCUGUACUCGAUCAGAAACCUAUUGUAACUUGUGAUUAUUGGUGUAGUUUGGUGCAGGCGGCACGCCGUGGACGGCAUACGCUGCCUAACGCCUCAUCUUAUGUGCCACCAAAUCCUGAGAAUCUUGACUUGAGAUAUCGUGAGGAAAGAAAAAGUGUUUUCAAGAAUAUAACAUUUGUAUUUUUAAAUGCUCGACACUUUAAUACUUAUGCUCCGAUAGUGGAGAAGGCUGGUGGUAUGAGUAAGCAUUUAAAUGUAGGAAUACAAAAAUCAUUUCUAGUGCGAAAAGAUGUCGUGGUUAUUCAUUACGUACCAUCUACAGAGUCACAAAGUUCACAAACCAUUAAUACUAUAGAAGAUUGUCUUAAACAGCAUUCACGACGUACCGUACCUGAAUACGAAAUCUUUUUAGCAAUUAUACAUUGCUCAACCAAAAUUCAUUGCAAUCCGAGUUACAAAAUAGAGGAGAAUUUAGAUUUUGAAUCCGAAACAAAUGAAUCCAGUGUACUGCAGAGUUCUGUACAAAGUUCUUGCAAUCAAAACGAUGUAUCGCAUCCUUUGGAGGGGGACCAAACAGAAGUUUUUAUACCUGAAACUGAUCGCAAAAGCACAGCCAGUACACAUCUGACAGAUAAAUCCGCCGUUGAGUGCACUGUCACACGAUCGGAUCAAAACGAUUCAGUAACCAUAGAAUCGCGAAACUUAGAACAAAAAGACACCUUGCCAAGUGAUGUGGUGAUGUCAUCACUCCAAGUUACCGAAAGUGCACAGGAAGCUAAUAAGCGUAAACGAACAAGAAGGAUUCAAAAAGAUCUCGGUAAUGUCGAUAAUUCUGCAAUGGAUAGUGAUGAAGAUGAUCUAUUCAACUUUGCCGCUAAGAAGGCACAUUUGGAAGCUAAAAGGAUUUCACCCGUUACGCGAGUAACGAGACAACAAAGAAAAUCGUCAAGCUCUCCACUUGACGAGAGUGCAACAACAUCUGCUGCAACUAUUGCAAAGCAAACACCAAAGCAGACACCUAAAUCAUGUGAUAAACAAUUGCCAAUUGCAAUUAAUAGACGUUCCCCUAGACGUGCGAUGAUCAAUAUGUCAGGAUUCCUAGAAAAGUCCCAAGCGCCACAUGUAAAUGAUCAGAAAACAGAUGUAGAGAGUCAAAAUAUAUCAAUUGCCAAUAAUACAUCAAAGCCGGGAACUAAGCGCGCACGUAUUGCCGUCUUAGAUAACAGUGAUGAUGAUGAUUUGUUUUGUUUUGGUGGAAAAACUAAUUCGAAAGAAGAGUCAAAUCUUGCUAAACGAUCACGUGCUAAUGAUAACGGUUGCGACUCGGAUGAGGAUCUAUUUAACUUUGGCGGUGCUGAAUCUGAUCAUAGACAGGAAGAUGUUAUAGACACCGAUUCAAAUAAGCAGCCACAAGCUCAGAAAAAUAAUUCAAAGUCAAUAGUUAUGCCAAAACCAAAAGCAUUACCAGCAAAAAUUUGUGUGUCAGAUUGGCUUGACUGUUCAUUAAGCGCUUUAAGUAUCAAAGCCGAACAAAUGAAGGAUGAAAUGGACGCGAAUAAAAGAGAAAACAACGAUUCAGGUGUAGAAGGUGAUAGCAAAGAAAAUGUUGAUCCGUUUAAAGGUGGAUGCGUGGUGACAACACUGAGCCCCCAAACGCUAAUUCAAGAAAGAGAGUGGAGCAGAAAUACAGAUAUUCCUCAAAAUGAAGAUUCUAAUGUAAUUUCCACAACCAAAAACUUUAAAAAAUUUGUUAAGAAAUUUCAACCAAAAAUGCAUAAAGUGAUUCGCACUGUGUCGUCCACUGUAAGCGGUUGAUCAGAAUAAAUUUAUUCAUGUUAUGAAAUUUUGUUUACAAUAAAUUUUCUAAAUAUA